UUAUUUAUUCACCAGUACUCAUGUCCUCUCUCCGAUCCCCACUGUCCCCUCUCCGAAGUCCGAACCCAAUGUUCAAACUUGCUGUUUCGGACAAGUGAGACACAAGAGACUGCCGGGAAAUAAUGGAAUACAUGUACAGUACUACCAUAUUGCUCCUCCUGCUAACCCAAUUCCCUGUACUGUUUGCCGAAAUUAGUGCCAAAGUCCCCGCAAUCAUCGUGUUUGGGGACUCAUCUGUUGAUGCUGGAAACAACAACCAGAUUCCAACUAUUGCCAGGAGCAAUUUCGAGCCUUAUGGUCGUGAUUUUAAGGGUGGGAAGGCAACUGGAAGGUUCUCCAAUGGCCGAAUCACUACUGACUUUAUCGCUGAGGCAUUUGGUCUCAAGCCAAUAAUACCAGCCUACUUGGAUCCUUCAUAUAACAUAGCAGACUUCGCUACUGGUGUCACAUUUGCUUCUGCCGGGACUGGCUAUGACAACGCAACUUCCAGUGUACUGUCUGUGAUACCACUUUGGAAGGAAUUAGAGUACUAUAAGGACUAUCAGAAGAAGCUGAGAAGCUAUCUUGGUGAAUCCGAAGCCGACAAAAGAAUAAACGAGGCUUUGCACGUCAUGAGCUUAGGAACGAAUGAUUUCCUGGAGAACUACUACUCCUUCCCAGGCAGCAGGCAAUCCCAGUUCAGCGUCACACGCUACGAGGACUACCUGAUUGGAAUAGCCACAAAUUUCAUCAAAGCACUCUACGGUCUGGGAGCUCGGAAGAUAUCCUUAGGAGGGCUACCUCCAAUGGGCUGCUUGCCAUUGGAGAGAGCCACAAAUAUCAUGGGUGGAAACGGCUGUAACGAGAGGUACAACAAUGUUUCAUUGGAGUUCAAUGAAAAGUUAAAGAAAUUGACAGUUGAGCUGAACAAGGAGCUUUCUGGGAUCAAGUUGGUGUUUUCGAAUCCAUACUACGUAUUGUUGCAUAUCAUAAGGAAACCUUCUUUCUACGGAUUUGAGGUCACUUCAGUGGCCUGCUGUGCAACGGGGAUGUUCGAGAUGGGAUACGCGUGCAACCGAGAUGAUUUAUUUACCUGCACAGAUGCAAACAAGUACGUAUUCUGGGACGCCUUCCAUCCAACACAGAAAACCAAUAGCAUCGUCUCCAAUUAUGUGGUGAAGAAGGUCCUGGCCGAGUUCCUUUGAUUUCCUGCUUUUCAGCGCUUGUCAUGCUAGCCAUAUAUGCAUGCACGCAUACUACUACUACUACUACUACAUAGCAUUGCUCAUGAUCUUCAAUUAAUGCUAUAAAUAUUAAUCGUACCGAUCAUAGUAUUAGAUUGAUAUAUAUCGUGUUAUAUACAUAUAGAUGCAUGAUUAUAAGGAGCUUGUAAUAUAUUAUAUAUAUAUAUAUGGUAAUUAAUCUUUCUUUCGUGUU